AUGGUAACAACAAUAGCAAAUCCAGCUGUUUCAACAGUAAAUCCGCGUGAAAAGGCAUUAGAAGAUUUCCGUAAGAAAAUUAUGGAACAUAAGGAAAUUGAAGCUCGUUUAAAACAGAUGCGUGAAGAUCUUCGUUCAUUAACAAAAGAAUAUGAUAAAAGUGAAAACGAUUUAAAAGCAUUACAAAGUGUCGGACAAAUCGUUGGAGAAGUUUUAAAACAAUUAACUGAAGAUAAAUUUAUUGUCAAAGCAACAAACGGUCCCCGAUAUGUUGUUGGUUGUCGUCGUCAAUUAGAUAAGACUAAAUUACGUCCAGGCACUCGUGUUGCUCUCGAUAUGACAACCUUGACUGUAAUGAGGUAUUUACCGCGAGAAGUUGAUCCAUUAGUUUACAAUAUGUCUCAUGAAGAUCCAGGAGAUGUUUCAUUUAGUGAAGUUGGUGGUUUAAGUGAGCAAAUUCGUGAAUUACGAGAAGUCGUAGAAUUACCAUUAACAAAUCCAGAAUUAUUUCAACGUGUUGGUAUAACACCACCAAAGGGUUGUCUACUAUUUGGUCCACCAGGCACAGGAAAAACUUUAUUAGCACGAGCAGUAGCUAGUCAACUUGAUUGUAAUUUUCUAAAAGUUGUUUCCAGUGCUAUUGUCGAUAAAUAUAUUGGAGAAAGUGCUCGAAUGAUUCGUGAAAUGUUUGCAUAUGCUCGAGAUCAUCAACCAUGCAUUAUUUUCAUGGAUGAAAUUGAUGCAAUCGGUGGACGUCGAUUUUCAGAGGGUACAUCUGCUGAUAGAGAAAUCCAACGAACUCUGAUGGAACUUCUCAAUCAAAUGGAUGGAUUUGAUACAUUAGGAAAAGUUAAAAUAAUUAUGGCAACAAAUCGUCCUGAUACACUUGAUCCGGCAUUGAUGAGACCAGGUCGACUUGAUAGAAAAAUCGAGAUUCCUCUACCUAAUGAACAAGCUCGUCUCGAUAUUUUAAAAAUUCAUGCAGCACCAAUAGCAAAACGGGGCGACAUUGAUUAUGAAGCUAUUGUUAAAUUAAGCGAUGGUUUUAACGGUGCUGAUAUGCGAAAUGUUUGUACGGAAGCUGGUAUGUUUGCAAUCCGUGCCGAACGAGAUUAUGUUCAAGAAGAAGAUUUCUCAAAAGCUGUGCGUAAAGUUGCCGAAAGCAAAAAACUCGAAUCGAAAUUGGACCAUAAAGCUCAAGGCACAUCUUAG